CGUCACUUUCGCCGAACGUCAAAAUCCGUGAAUCAUUCGUAGCUAGCGCAACGCGCUCAUGAAUACGGCGUCUGCUCGUCACGCGGUGUCGAACAUGUGACCCGUUUAAAGUUUCACCGUGCGUGCAAUUACCGUGCGAACCAUUCCAUUGCAGUUCUUACGUGCAGUUCAGUUCGGGCCUCCCACUACGUGAUUACCUACGAGGCCGCGCGCGACCUACGACGCUAGGUUAUGUCGCUGUGUUUAUGUUUGCUGUAAUACGCGAAUAGAUUGACAUCCGCGCUCGUCUCGCACGCACGGUCCGUUAUCGGCGGACUUGAAGCGCCUGAGCGAAAUAUGAGAAGGAUAUACAUCAAGACAUCGACUGUGACAUUAGCAAGAAAAGCUGCAUCCGAGCAACUGCGUCGCGUCCGCGAGUUAAUUCGAUAACGGCCCAAGGAUACAGCUGUGUUAUGAGUGUUGGUUUAUCCAUGUACGAUGGCUUGGAGAACGAGAGCACUCCUGAUAAUAGUCUGGAGAACACUGGGGGUGCUACAAAAAAGCUGGCUAGGGGUAUCUCCCGUGCAACUGAAAAUGCAGCAAUUGUUUCCUAUGCUCGCUCCCAGUUGGCAGCCUUAGGGGCUCUUGAUACACCUGAAUAUACAUUUUCAUUGCCAGACUUAUCUGUGUAUCCGGAUUCAUUUCGUAAAUUCUUGGAGAAGGAUCUUAUAGAGAAUGGAUGUUUGAGUUCCUUGGAGGCUGCGGGUCGUUUAAAUUGGUGGUACAAAAGUGGCAGCACUCGAGUUCUUUGGCCACUGGCAACAUCUGGAGAUGGCAAUUGUCUGCUUCACGCUGCAUCAUUGGGGAUGUGGGGUUUUCAUGAUAGACUACUUACGCUAAGAGAGGCAUUGCAUAAUACUUUGACCAAGGGGGAAUACAGACAUGCUCUUUUUAGGCGAUGGAAAUGGAGACAGACAGGUUUGAACGCAGCCGCAGGACUGUCAUAUACGGAAGCAGAAUGGUUAUCAGAAUGGCAAAGUAUAGUAGAUAUGGCCUCUCCUGCGAUCAGAAACCAGACUGCUACCUCUUAUCAGAGCCUUGAAGAGAUACACGUUUUAACUUUGGCUCAUGCUUUAAGAAGGCCUAUAAUAGUUAUAGCAGAGACCAUGCUGAAAGAUGCCGAGGGAGUAGCCUUAGCGCCAAUUCCGUUUGGUGGAGUAUAUUUACCCUUGGAAGUGCCACCUUCGCGUUGCGAAAGAACUCCCUUAUUCCUGGCAUAUCAUUCUGCUCACUUCUCCCCGCUUGUAACGGUAGAUGGAUGCAAUGAUUAUGGUAGUGCUUGCGGCGAAGGAGUUAGUAUACCACUAGUGGAUCCAGACACAGGAAAAUUGUUGCCGGUUUUAUUCGCCGUGGAUCCUGGUCCUGAGUGGGAUUGGGUGGACGGUUCGCGAGAAUUGUUAACGUGUACGCAGGACACUAUGGAGAUUUUAUUGCGAGAGUAUUUAGAUUGCGAGUAUCAAAGUUUUACAUCCGAAGAUAUUGAUAGGCUUUCGGAUGCGGAUGGUUCCUUGUCGAAGACAGCGAAGCAAUUGCUAGAAGUCGCGAAACAAUUCGGAUCCCUUGGCAGAUCUGUCAGUAAAAAACUAUGGCCUAUGACGAAUAAGAGGCCAAAAAGUCCGCCUUCGUCGAGCGGCGGAAUUUCCACAGAAGGAUUGUUAUGUGUGAGAAUAAAGAGCAGACGUCAUCAAUAUGUGGAUCAAAUGCUUCAGAAUUAUCUUCAAUGUGCCCAUGCAAGAUAUCUGCAGGAUCAUCAAGUAGAUGAUACAGGUAGUGAAUUGAAUUAUGGCGCUGGAAGAUCAAAAUUUUACGCUGCCAGUGAUUGCAAUAGUCAUGCGAGUGUUAGCAAAUUAUUACCUACAAAUACAAAGAAAGAUGAUACGCUUUAUCUUGCAAGGUCUACGUUUUAUAAAGAUCAAACUCCAUCAAAUACUACAGAAUCAGAAGUUUGGAAUAACAGUGACAAUUUGAAGGACGUCGUGAAAAAGUGCCGCAGUGAACACUGCCAAUUCUUUGGAUCGCCAGAAAACCAAUACUAUUGCUCGCAAUGUUGGGCCAAUCGACGUUAUCAUUAAGCAACCGUCCUCAAUCACACAUGACAAUAAUCUCAUUUUAAUAUCGCUCGAGUUAAGCUAUUAAAUAAUUAAUAGACAUAACGCUAGUUGUAAGAUAAAGCUUAUCCUACCAACAUAUCGUCGAUAACAUUGUAUCGUUGUUUCUAAUUUUGUUUUUUCUUUCAUGUUUUAUUGUAUUUAUUAACAUAUUCCAUCUAAAAAGUUGCAUAUCAAAUGCACAGGGUUCGCUUAAACGGUAUGAACAUUUACUACGACGUGUUCAGAUUUUAUCGUUCCAAAAAGCAAGAAAAAUUGUUAAUUUUUUUUCAGUACUCAGGGAACGAGAAUAUAUUUUUUUCUUUUUUGAACAAUUUCAAUGUUGUGCCUUCCUGUAUGCGCGGAACAAUAAUACUCUCCCUUGUAUUCUAAUGAAAAUCUCUACUCACAACUACCUCCAAUUUUCUCGAUUAUAGAGCUCGAUUUAGUGUAAUUACUAACAGUGUAAUUCUCAAUGUAAUUCUCAUUGUAAAGAGAUAUCUUAUAAGAAAUGAAAAUGUUAUGUUCAUAAUCUCAUUGUCUUGUGCAACCGCUCUGUGCAUAUAAAAUUGUGUGAAGAAUAAACCAUAUUUUUAUAUAUGCCAAGAGUUGUCAUUUUUCUCCGCAUAAAUUAUAUAAGUAGCGUAAGAAAAUACACAAGGCCAAUAUAUUUUUUUGCCAUAAUAAAAUGUAUUUACACACAUUUCCUCGCAUUAGUCUAUCAUCAUGUGAAAAAGGUCAUAAUUAAUAGUAAAUGAUUAAUAUUACCUGUCACAUUACCUAUUCAUUAAAUUAUCGACAAAGCAUGUGUGGUAGUAUUACGCUAAUUUUAUUAAUAUAAUUGUACGAAGAAUCUUUUUGUUGGUAUGUACAAAAAAAGGAGGAAAGAAUUAUCCGAUAUACAAAUUAUUACCUUCAGCACUUUUUCUAAUAUUAAAUAGCUAAGAAAAACGUUAAAUGAGAAGCGGUUUUACAAUAUAUCGAAGGAACUAGGAAAUAUUCAUUUUAGUUACGGUAUUACUACGUAUAAGCACAGAGUAUAUGUUUAUAGACGCUAUUAGAAUUUAAACAUCCUUUUGCCUUUAUUUUAUCAGUUAAACACUUUCAACAUCCCUUCUUGGUCUUUCGAUGAAAUAACUAAUAAAGAAAUGAAUAAGAGAGUACCACUUAUAUAUUUCGUGUCUUUAAAAUUGAGUUUCAUGUACUAUUUACAAUUUCAGUCAUACGAGCGCAGAUACACUACCACAGAGUCGAUUAGCUGUAUUCGAUAUAUCUUUCACGUAAGUAGUAAGCAUUACAUUUAACCAAGUUCAUUUGGAAAGUUUUAUUCUUUCGUGAAAGAUGAUAUUUAAUACGAAGAGAUCUUAAAAAAAAGAAAAAUAUUAAGCUAAAGUAACUUUGUAGCUGUAGCAUUAUGCGCGUAUAAGUCGCAAGUUAUUCUUCCCGAAAUGUAUUUAAUGUUGUUAAAAGUCAAAAUAAAAAUAUUUGUAGCAAAAGUUAUUUGUUUUUUUAAAAGCUAUGAUUAGGUUUGCAUUAAAGAUCCGCAAAGAAGUGAUAACAUAAUAACAUAGUUAUUAAUUUUGUAAAACAAUACGGCAAAAUAUCAGUACGAUUACAUCGAUACACGAUAUAUGCACGUGCAUGUACAAAUAAUUAUAAUCAUAAUGGUAAUAAUAUGGAUUCUAGUAUACAUGUGAUGAGAAAUUUAUUAUUAAUAACUUUUUUAACAGGUCUUCGUCGGCAGCUUUUUUUUUCUCUUACUUCUACAUUGAAUUCUUUCCCUGAUGGGUUUUUGUGGUGUUAUAACACAAUUAUUCAAAAUAACGUAAAUUUUUAUUAUUUAAUGUAAAUUUUAUACGUAGGUAUUACGCUUAGGAUCAAUUGAUGUACCCACUUAUAGCUUUGAACAUGACGUGAAAUUAGUCCAAUGUAAAGU